AUGACUGAGUCUGAUAAAAUACUAACCCCCGAAUAUCUAGACUGGCAUGCCAAAUUAAGUGGGUUACCAAGUGUUUUGACGGAUAAGAUUCGUUCCAAAUUAUACAAAAGAUAUAAAAAACAAACUGGAAAUGAGCCAUGGCAAUUAUCGGAAGCUGUGAUAGAUAUGUCAGCAGAACCGGUCCCUUGCCCUGAGCGCCUUCGGCUGGGACUACCUCAAGCCUCUGAUUUCAAGCCUAUCACCUUCGAAGCCAGACCCGAUCCAGAAUCAAUUAUCCAGUCAGUCUUAGAGCACUUCCCAUACUUGAAAUUCCGAAAUAGUUUUAGAGGGAUCGAUAAUUAUAAUUUUGCUUCACUUCAGCCGUGGAGCUCACCAUGUCCUAUUUGUGAUGGAAAACAUGGGAAUUGUGGAUUACAUGGCUCAUGGUACUGCGAAAAUGGGAAUCAGUUCCCUUAUGAUCCUGAAUUAGUGAAGUUGAUAUCUCAAGAUAAGUUGGAAUAUUGUCUUACCUGCAACACUUCAAGUAAUAAAUUCAAGUUCGCAAUUGUUGCUUAG